AUGGAGCCGUUCAUCGAAUGGUUCUACGACGCCAUCAGCGAGUCCAGGAUGACCUUCAUGUGGAAGAUCCUCGUCUCGUACAACAAGAUCGUCACCAGCAUGGAGCAGAUCGGGAUGGAGAGGGCCCUGGGGGUCGUCUUCUACGUCAACGGCAGCUUCCCGAGCCAGGACGUCUACGAGACAUACAACAUGAACGUGAACGUCUUCAAAUCCAACUACCGCUCGGCGGUCACCUACUGGAACGAGGUGGACGCCAUCUUCCAGAAGGGCGUGUCGAAGCACGGGACCAACCUGACGGCGGUGAUCGAGAAGUUCCGCUACGAGAUCCAGCACUCGGUGAAUACCAAGCCGUCUGUGCUGAAGGCUCAGUGGUGGUUCGACAACAUGACGCUGUAUCUGGACAGUCUGCUCGUCAUACAGGAGGAUCUGGCACUGGUCGUCAAUAAUGAAUUGGAGGCCAGCAUCAGCGGAGAAGAGAGAAAACUUAUAAUCUGCAUCAUCGUCCUCGUUGUGGACUUCCUCGUGUGUCCAGUGGUCAUCAUGCUCGUGCGGGCUCUCACCCGAGACAUACAGACGUACGCGCAGUCGCUGGUGACCAAGACCAGGCAGCUGCACAGGAAGAUGAAGGCCAAGGACAACCUGCUCUACCAGAUGGUGCCCAAGCCGAUCGCGGAGAAACUCAAGAGCUGCGAGAACAUCGAGGCGGAGUACUUCAAGGCGGUGACGAUCAUGUUCUCUGAGAUCGAGGAAUUCACGGACAUCGUGACGCUCUGCACGCCGUUCCAGAUCGUGCACAUCCUGAACAGUCUCUACACGGCCUUCGAUGAGCAGCUGGCCAACCACGAGGUCUACAAGGUGGAGACCAUUAAUGACUCCUAUAUGGUCGUAUCAGGUCUCUCCAUGCGAAUCAAAGAGCAGCACGCUCGAGAAAUAGCUAACCUGGCCCUUGACUUCCAGAGUAUGACCCGACAACGACGCUUCAUCACACACGGGGACAAGUGCAUUGAAUUGAAGAUUGGUAUCAACACUGGCCCCUGCAUGGCUGGUAUUGUGGGAACCAUCAGGCCAAGGUAUUGUCUUUUUGGCGACACCGUCAACACUGCAUCGAGAAUGAAAAGUUACGGAAUGUCAGGAAGAAUACAUCUGAGUGCGAGUACUUUCAACUCCUUGAUGAAAACCACCAACAUGUUAAGUAUGACUGCAAGAGAUCCCAUCGUCAUCAAGGGGAAGGGCAUCAUGCAGACAUAUUGGCUGAACGGACACAUUUCAGGAACCACUGGAGACAACAGCAGUGAUACCACAUUCCACGAAGGCGACUCUCACCUCGGUGUGUAAAGACAGACCAGGAGUGACCGAACGAUGCUUUUAGGACGGGAGGUUUCAGUGAUGCCGCACCCCACGAGAUCGACUCUGACCUCGGGAUGUAAAGACUGACCAGGGCCCGUGCUUAUAAAACGUUUAGAGUCCACACUCAAUCUCUAAUGACGUCACACACAUACAAUUUGUAAUGCGUUGUCAUCGCAUUACUGUCCCAGACUCUAUUAGAGUCUCGAGUCUAAAACUAAAAUAGUUUUAUAAGCACCAGGCCAGGGGCCUGAUUCACAAAGCUCGCUUACGCUCACUUACGAAAUAUCUCAUCCUCUUUACAAGUAUUUUUGCAUUGCACUGCGAGAUCGCAAGGUUGCGAGAGUUUUGUGAAUUAGGACCCAGGAGUGGCCGAAGGAUGUUUUUAGGACGGGAGUCAUUACAAUGUCCCCAAAAGGACACCUACAGUAUUCCAAAGACAACGAGCAUUUCACAUUUUGUCUGAGACGUGUAAACAUUUUGACUAUGAAUAGCUGGUGGCAACAUUUUGACUAAAACAAGUGGCAACAUUUUGACUAAAACUAGUGGCAACAUUUGACUAAGAUUAGAGGAAACAUAUUGCAUUUAUAUUGGACAAGUCGCAACAUUUUGACCAAGAGAAGCGGCAACAUUUUAACUAAAACUAGUGGCAACAUUUUGAUUAAGACCGAUGUUUAGUGGCAACAUUACGAAUGGUCCUUACUUUAUACAAUAGAAUUAGUUUAAUUUUUAUUUUAAAGUGACAAAACUUUUUAUUUUUACAUCAGGUUUUUAAAAACAACUUGUAUUUUUACUUUAAGGCAACUGGCAACAUUUUGUACUUUUAUUUUAAGAUAUGUGUCAAAAGUUUGUGUUCUUACUUUAAAACAAGUGACAUUUUCUAUUAGUACUUUAGGACAAGAAACAACAUUAAAUUUUGUAUUUUUAUUUUAAGACAAGAGGAAACAUUUUGUCUUCUUGCUUUAAGACAAGUAACACCAUUGUGUAGUUUUACGUAAAACAAGAGGCAAAAUUUUAGUUUUUUAUUUUAAGAUAAAUGACAACAUUUUUGUGUUCUUACUUUCAGACACUUGGCAACAUUUUGUACAUUUGUUUUAAAAUUAGUGACAACGUUUUCUAUAUUUAAAUUUUUCUUUUAAGACAAAUGACAACAGUUUGUAGUAUUAUUUAAAGAAAACAUCAUUUUGUAGUUUUAGAGGCAACAUUUUUUUUCUUCUUUUUUCUUUUAAGAAAAGAGGCAAUAUUUAUUCGUUUUAUUUUAAGACAAGUGGCAACAGUUUGUGCUUUUAUUUUAAGGAAGCUGACAACAUUUUGUAUUUAUAUUUUAAAACAAGAGGAAAUUUUAUAUUUUUAUUUUAAGACAAACAGCAACAUUUUAGAUUUUUAUUUUAAAACAAGUGACAAUAUUUAACAUUUUU